UUCUCAACUUCACGAUCCGAAAUCAAGCUACGACACUGGUCGCUGCAUUAGAUUCAUUCUUAAGAUGGCUAAGCAGAAGCUGGUGUUGAAGGUGGCGGCCAUGGAAGACGCAAAGAGGCGCUCCAAAGCCCUCAAGACUGCUGUCGGCUUGUCCGGCGUGAUCUCCGCAUCGCUGGACAAAGACUGCCUCAUCGUGGUCGGCGAUGGGGUUGACUCGGUCGAGCUGGCCACCGUCCUCAGGAGGAAGAUGGGUAGCGCCAACCUUGUCAGCGUCGGAUCAGCCGAAGAAAAGAAAAAGGAGGAGAAGAAACCAGAGGAGAAGAAACCGGUGGUGGUGGCAGAGUCCAAUAAAUUCACCUGGCAACCGGCGCCGGCGAGCUACUGGAUCAUGUGUCCUGAAGCCCCACAACCGUAUAAUCACUGCCAGUGUGCUUCUGAUUGUAGCAUCAUGUAAUGAGAUCUAAACUGGUAGCAUUAUUACGCUCAGAAUUUGGUACUCGGGUGGUGAUCGAUUUGCCACAUUAGUAUUAUUAUUAAUAUUAUGGGGUAGAAGAGUUGAUCUUAUGUAAGGCUUGUGAUAUGUAUAAGGUGAAGCAGUUGGUGGCAUUAAUAUUCAAUUUUGCUUUCUCAUUCCA